GCAAAAGUUGUGUAUGCAGGAGAAGGGGCUGCACAAACUGUAGAAAUGCUAACUGCCAAUUCAGGGAAGCAGAAGGAAAUCCACAACAAUCCAGGUUUCACCCUUAUGCCAACAAUAGCAGAAGGAAUUCAAGAGGAGGAGAUGGUGUCCCUUCUCUUAAUCAAAUGCUGGAAGAUAGAGCUAGACCUGAAAAUAACAGAGACCAGGGUCAGGCAGUUAGUUUGCAGAACGCCAUUACCUCCAUGCCAGAGGCGGAGUUGCGUGCAAGAGUAUCAGUUGCGGCGACACUGCUUCCUGACGUACUGGCCCCAUACCUCUUGGAAACAAGUGGAUUUUGUUCGGGUAACUUCAGUGUUGCCUCAUGGUGUUGUUGUGGGAGGUGUACCGUUUUCUCUGACCCACGGAUGAACAUCUGCUGUGGUCAUCCCCACUGCAUCACCACGAGGCCAGAAUUUCGCAACCUAUGUCUCAGACAUGAUGUUAUUGAGAUU